AUGGAAGCCGCCCUAAAGAUUUUCUUCUCCUCGCCACGCUUCGCCGUCGCAGGCGCUUCCUCAGACCCCUCCAAGUUUGGCCACAAAGUAUUCGCCUGGUACCUCCGUCACUCCCUCCCGGCAACGCCGUUAAACCCAAGAUCUCCCACCGUAGACGUCCUCUCCCAGUCCUACACCACAAUCGCUUCGCCCUCGCAGCUGCAAGACCCGUCUUCAUACUCGUUGUCUGUAAUCACACCGCCGGCUGUGACGAAGCAGCUGCUCAAGGAAGCCAAGGAGGUGGGCAUUUCAGCGGUGUGGCUGCAGCCGGGGACGUUCGAUAAUGAGGUCAUAGAGUAUGCGAGGCGGGAGUUCAAGGCUACGAUUGGGGGCAAUGGAGGGAAUGGAGGGGAAGGAUGGUGCGUGCUCGUGGAUGGCGAGGAGGGGUUGAAGAGCGCGGGGAGAGAGUGGUCGAGGCUGUAA